UUUCCUCGCAUCACAGGAUGAGGAUGCUUGAGGCCGGGUGUAUAUCUAUAUAAAUAUAUAUAUAUCCGUGUGUGCGAAGGAUAAGCAGAGAAGAAAAGCUCAUCACUUUUUUCUUGGGAUUCUCAUUCAAUGGCCCUUUAAAACUCUGCGGUCCCUUCAAACUCAGUCCCACGCCCACACACACACACUGCAUUUCUAGUGCUCCUAUAGACCUGACACUGCGCUUUGUUGUUGGCGUGGACUCGUCUGGGUGUUUGCUUUUCUGGGUUCAAGCCCAAGAUGGCGAGUGGCAAGGAUAUCGAUCUCGAGCAGAUCAAGAACGAGACCGUUGAUCUGGAAAAGAUCCCUAUUGAGGAAGUGUUUGAGCAGUUAAAAUGUACAAGGGAAGGUUUAAGCCAAGCAGAAGGAGAAAGCAGGCUUCUAAUCUUUGGACCCAACAAACUUGAGGAGAAAAAGGAAAGCAAGUUUCUCAAGUUUCUGGGGUUCAUGUGGAAUCCCCUUUCAUGGGUCAUGGAAGCUGCUGCUAUAAUGGCUAUUGCAUUGGCAAACGGUGAUGGAAAGCCACCGGAUUGGCAAGACUUCGUUGGCAUCUUUGCGCUGCUGGUCAUCAACUCUACAAUCAGUUUUAUUGAGGAAAACAAUGCUGGGAAUGCUGCUGCAGCUCUCAUGGCUGGUCUUGCGCCUAAGACUAAGGUCCUUAGGGAUGGCAAGUGGAGUGAGCAGGAAGCUGCAAUUCUGGUUCCAGGAGACAUCGUGAGCAUUAAAUUGGGAGACAUCAUCCCUGCUGAUGCUCGUCUUCUUGAUGGCGAUCCUUUGAAGAUUGACCAGUCUGCCCUAACUGGAGAAUCACUUCCUGUGACCAAGAAUCCUGGGGAUGAAGUUUUCUCUGGCUCAACUUGUAAGCAAGGUGAAAUUGAAGCUGUUGUCAUCGCGACUGGUGUUCAUACAUUUUUUGGGAAGGCAGCACAUCUUGUGGAUAGCACCAACCAGGUUGGGCACUUCCAGAAGGUGCUCACCGCUAUUGGGAACUUCUGUAUUUGCUCCAUUGCAAUUGGAAUGCUGAUUGAGAUCUUAGUCAUGUACCCGAUUCAGAAACGAAAGUACAGGAGUGGAAUUGACAAUCUUCUUGUGCUCUUGAUUGGAGGCAUCCCCAUUGCCAUGCCCACUGUCUUGUCCGUGACAAUGGCUAUUGGGUCCCAUAAGCUAUCUCAGCAGGGUGCCAUCACGAAGCGAAUGACUGCAAUUGAAGAGUUGGCUGGAAUGGAUGUACUUUGCAGUGACAAAACUGGGACACUAACGCUCAACAAGCUUACUGUUGACAAAAACUUGGUUGAGGUGUUCGCAAAAGGUGUGGAAAAGGAUCAUGUGAUCUUGCUUGCUGCUAGAGCUUCUAGAACGGAAAAUCAGGAUGCAAUUGAUGCUGCCAUUGUUGGAACGCUUGCUGACCCUAAGGAGGCUCGGGCUGGUAUCAGAGAGGUGCACUUCUUCCCAUUCAACCCAGUGGACAAGAGAACUGCUUUGACUUACACUGAUUCUGAUGGAAACUGGCACCGAUCAAGCAAAGGUGCCCCUGAGCAGAUCUUGGCCCUCUGCAAUUGUAAGGAGGAUUUUAAGAAGAAGGUUCAUGCAAUUAUUGAUAAGUUUGCGGAACGCGGACUUCGAUCAUUGGCUGUUGCUAGACAGGAAGUGCCAGCAAAAACUAAGGAAAGUCCCGGGGCUCCAUGGCAGUUUGUUGGUCUGUUAUCCCUCUUCGAUCCACCAAGACAUGACAGUGCAGAAACCAUCCGUAGGGCUCUCAAUCUUGGGGUUAAUGUCAAGAUGAUCACUGGUGAUCAACUUGCUAUAGCAAAGGAAACCGGCCGAAGACUGGGAAUGGGAACUAAUAUGUAUCCUUCUGCUUCUUUACUGGGUCAACACAAGGAUGAAAGUAUCGCCGGCCUUCCUAUCGAAGAGUUGAUUGAAAAGGCAGAUGGAUUUGCUGGAGUAUUUCCAGAGCACAAAUAUGAAAUUGUGAGGAAGCUGCAGGAGAGGAAGCACCUUUGUGGAAUGACAGGAGAUGGUGUCAAUGAUGCCCCUGCUUUGAAGAAGGCAGAUAUUGGUAUUGCCGUUGCGGACGCUACUGAUGCUGCAAGAAGUGCUUCUGACAUUGUUCUCACAGAACCUGGGUUGAGUGUUAUUAUUAGUGCAGUGCUAACUAGCAGAGCUAUAUUCCAAAGAAUGAAGAACUACACUAUAUAUGCAGUCUCCAUCACCAUUCGUAUAGUUUUUGGUUUCAUGCUUAUUGCUCUGAUAUGGAAAUUUGACUUCUCUCCCUUCAUGGUUCUGAUCAUUGCCAUUCUAAAUGAUGGAACAAUUAUGACAAUCUCAAAGGACAGAGUGAAGCCAUCUCCUCUGCCAGAUAGCUGGAAACUGAAAGAGAUAUUUGCUACUGGGAUUGUUCUUGGAGGUUACUUGGCAUUGAUGACAGUCAUAUUCUUCUGGUUAAUGAAGGAAACCGACUUCUUCCCUGAGAAAUUUGGUGUAAGGCGAAUAAGGGAUAGCGACAAUGAAAUGAUGGCUGCUUUAUACUUGCAAGUGAGUAUUGUGAGCCAAGCUCUGAUAUUUGUGACUCGAUCACGCAGCUGGUCCUAUUCUGAGCGCCCUGGAUUGCUAUUAAUGUCGGCUUUCUGUAUUGCACAACUGAUUGCAACUGUCAUAGCAGUUUAUGCCAACUGGGGAUUUGCGAGGAUUAAAGGAAUGGGUUGGGGAUGGGCUGGAGUCAUCUGGCUUUAUAGUCUUGUCUUCUAUGUUCCACUUGACAUAAUAAAGUUUGCCACCCGUUACAUCUUAAGCGGGAAGGCCUGGACGAACAUGCUAGAAAACAGGACAGCCUUUACCACCAAAAAAGAUUACGGAAAGGAGGAGAGAGAAGCUCAAUGGGCUCAUGCUCAAAGAACCCUACAUGGGCUUCAACCACCAGAAUCCUCGAAUCUCUUCCCUGAGAAGAGCAGCUACAGAGAGCUGUCUGAGAUUGCUGAACAGGCCAAGAGGCGAGCUGAGGUUGCAAGGCUUCGGGAGCUUCACACACUGAAGGGGCAUGUGGAGUCAGUGGUGAAGCUGAAAGGGCUGGACAUUGACACAAUCCAGCAACAUUAUACCGUGUGAAAAACCAGAAGCUAGCAACGUCCGGAGGGGGGACCAAAAGGGGUGACGUGGUUUGAUAUUGGUGUGUUCUCAAAAAAGCAGGCCUAACUAAUUAAACCUUUCAAGCGAUAGGAAAGCACGUUUGUCCUACGUACAACUCCCCCAGCUUGUUUUCUUUUCCUAAGCGUAUUAUAAAUUCCUAGAGUAGCACUGCUGCAUGCCGGACGAUGGUAUUGCAUUUGAUUUCUUCUUAAUUGCUCUGAUGUGGGAGCGGAGUAAUCUGAUGAUCUCUUGCAUA